CUCAGCGCCAUCCAGUGCAAGAACAUCCCCGAUUACCUGAACGACCGGGCCGUGCUGGAGAAGCACUUCGGGCAGUUCGUCCGAGUGAGGCGGGUCCUGACCCGGCGCAACAAAAAGAUGGCGAUUCUGCACUUUUUCGACCACGCCUCUGCAGCUCUUGCCAGAAAGAAAGCAAAAGAGUUGAACAAAGACAUCAUAACCUUUUGGCAUAAGAAGAAAACAAGUCCAGCAAAAAGAGAAUUUCCAUCCAAGGAGAAGAAAGCAGGUGAAGAUGAAGGAAGGCAAAGCAAUGAAGAGCCAAACUAUCAGCAUUCCCCUCUUCGAAAGCCCUUAAUAAGAUCCUCUGCCAGCAGUGUCAUGCCUGGAAAAAGCUCUCAGGCAAAGAAGCCUGGUCUUCGAAAAGCGCUGCAGUUUGAAGCAGAUCUGUUUGAUCCUGGCCCUGAAGGGCAGAGUUCGGAGGCCUUGGGAGUUUCUCUGUCAUCUCUUAGUAACCUGGUAGGAUUAGUGGCUGAGACAUCAGAAGAGAGAUACCGACUUCUGGACCAAAGGGACAAGAUCAUGCGACAAGCUCGAAUAAAAAGAACUGAUCUUGGCAAAGCUAAAACUGUUGUUGGCACCUGCCCGGACAUGUGCCCGGAAAAGGAGCGCUACAUGAGGGAGACCAGGAACCAGCUCAGUAUCUUUGAGGUGCUUCUGGGAUCUGACAAGGUAGACCAUGUAGCAGCAGUCAAGGAAUACAGCAGGUCUUCAGCAGAUCAGGAGGAACCUUUGCCCCAUGAAUUGAGACCCUCUGAGGUGUUGAGCAUGACCAUGGACUAUUUGGUGACAAACAUUAUGGAUCAGGGAGAAGGAAACUACCGAGAGUGGUACGACUUUGUCUGGAACAGAACUCGUGGAAUACGAAAGGAUAUAACCCAGCAACAUCUGUGCAACCCCCUGAUGGUGUCUCUGAUCGAGAAGUGCACUCGCUUCCACAUCCACUGUGCUCACCACCUGUGUGAGGAGCCCAUGUCCUCCUUUGAUGCCAAAAUCAACAACGAGAACAUGACAAAAUGCCUGCAGAGCUUGAAGGAGAUGUAUCAGGACCUGGCUAACAAGGGGAUUUACUGCAACAGUGAGGCAGAGUUCAGAGGUUAUAACGUCUUGCUCAACCUCAACAAGGGUGAUAUUCUCAGGGAAGUACAGCAGUUUCGUCCAGAGGUUAGAAACUCUCCUGAAGUUAGAUUUGCAGUUCAAGCUUUUGCUGCACUAAACAGCAACAACUUUGUCAGGUUUUUCAAGCUGGUGCAAGCUGCCUCCUAUCUGAAUGCCUGUCUCUUACACUGUUACUUCAACCAGAUCCGUAAAGAUGCCCUCAAGUCUCUCAACAUUGCCUACACUGUCAGCACCCAGAGGUGCACAGCCUUUCCCCUGGACCACCUGGUUCGCAUGUUGCUGUUCAGAGACUGUGAGGAAGCAGCUGAUUUCAUCAGUUAUUAUGGCCUGAGUGUAUCUGAUGGUCCUUACGUUCGCUUACGUGGAGCUGAAUUCCUGGAGCCGGACGGGCUGCCCAAGCCCCACAGGUCCCUGUUUGUCAGCCAGAAGCUGAUGGUCUCCGUGGGGGAAGUUGUGAAUGGUGGGCCCUUGCCCCCCAUGCCUCACCACGUGCCUGUGUCCAGCUUCAAUGCACAGAACAAGUACACGGGUGGCAGCACCUCUAUGGAUCAAGCUAGCAGCAGCCAAAAAGCCAGCGUGGAAGCAACAGAAGGAAGAGUGGAAAGCAAAGGUGUGGAUUUGGAUGCUGCAGCAGUAAGAGUCCAGCCCCCAGCUCAUCUUCUGCCCUCACUCUUACCCCGUCAGCUUGUACCCAUGCCUCCUGCACAGGCAGUCUCCCAACCUGCUGGAGAACCUGAGCCUCUCCCUUCAAAGCCUCAGCCUGUCUACACAGACACAGACAUGGCCGAGGUGGUGGAUGAUCUUGUGCUCGAGGUCCUCAAAGGAGAGUGCAGAGAAGUUGGCAGAGCAGGAGUGGCCUAUGUGACAGCUGCCCUCUGCACCUCGGAGGCUGCCGUGGAGGAACUGGUGACUGAGCUGGUGGAAGAGAUCCUGAGGCAGGUGGCUGGGAGGGUGCUCAGCGCCGAGAGGGAGCGCGCCCGGGAGGAGAAGCGCCGAGUGGAGGAGGAGAGGCAAAAGCAGGAAAGAGAACAGUUAAUAAAGCAGUUGAGCCAGGUGGUGGGUAUGGAGUUAAUGGAAGAAGUAAUAAAGGAGAGUCUACGAGAAGCUUCAACCCAUGAGUUAAAAUGUGCCUUAGAAAGAGACCGACAAGCCCGCAUCGCCCGCUGCUCCGAAGAAGUCUGUGGUCAUGUCAUGGAGCUCUUUCUGGAGGAUGAAAUUUUCCAGAGUGCUAAGGAGACCCUUCAGGAGCUCCAGUGUUUCUGCAAGUACUUGCAGCGGUGGAGGGAGGCGGUGGCAGCUCGAACAAAGUUGAAACGUCAAAUGAGGGCAUUUCCAGCUGCUCCCUCUUGCCCAGAUCCAAAAAAUAAACUGAAAGCACUCUCACCCAGUGCAGAGUGGCCUGUAGCCAUGGAGAACUUGUGCAGGAGAAUUGUAAACCUGGGGAAUGGAGGAAAGCUGGGAGUCUCUUGUACAAGAUUGAACUGGCUGAGAAGCAAGACAGUGCAUGAAAUGAAAGUUCAGCACUUCUACCAGCGAUUGUUAAGUGAUUUAGCUUGGACUCCCCUGGAUCUCAUCUCACUGAUCACUGAAAAUAUUCCAGUUCAACAAGAACAGGUUUUUUGGAAGGUGUUGUUGGUUUUGCCAAAUGAAGAUGAAUAUGGGGAGGAUGAUCCCAACAGAAUACUGGUGGAUUGGUUGAAAGCCAAAUUUAUGGGAGACAAAAGCUGGAGGAAAACAGCUCCACAUCCAGAAGGCAGAAUUCAAACACUGACAUUAUUUCAUGCUCCUGGCAUGCAAGGGAGCAGGAGCAUCCAAGUCAGUGUGUGUAUCAAGGUGGCACAUGGUGUGCUCUCUGACUCUGAGCUUGACAUGGCUGAGAUGCAGAAGGACUUGCUUGGGACAAGUGGUCUCCUCCUUCUCCUGCCCCCUCGAGUUAGGAGUGAAGAUGUUGCAGAAGAUGAUGUUUAUUGGCUCUCAGCUUUGCUGCAGUUGAAACAGUUGCUUCAGGCCAAACCUUUCCACCCCAUAGUUCCCCUGGUGGUUCUUGUCCCCAGCCAGGAAGAGGAGGCCAUAGAGAAAGAAGUAGAAGAAGGCUUGAUGCUGCAGGAUUUGAUUUCAGCCCAGCUUAUUUCAGAUUACACCAUUGUUGAGCUCCCAAGUUCCAUCAAUGACUUACAAGGCACCAGAAGGAUUUCUGCAGCUGUGGGCUGGCUGGUGUCCCAGUGCCCUGCCUCCCUGGAGCUCUGCAGUCAGACCCUUCAGGAGUACGUUGAGGAUGGGAUUGAUGGAGAGUUUGGGAAGCGCUUCUACCACGACUGGCAGGAGAGGCAUUCAGCUGGCCUGCCAUCCCAGGAGCCUGGGGCCAUCAUAGAGCUGUACAACAGCCUGCUGCAGUUCCUUUCAGAAGUGGCAUCCUCAGAGCACCUCUGUGACUUGUCUUGGCCUGUUACUGAGUUUUCAGAGCCUGGGGGUAACAAGCUGUUGCCCCACCUGCAGUGGAACGUGCCUGAUCAUCUGGCCUGGCUGAAGAAGGCUGUGCUGUCCUUCCAGAUCCCCUACCUUGAUCUGCCUCCACUGGGAGCUCCCUGGCGCCCUGUUUGCCACAUGAUUUUUCAGUAUGUGUCUCAGAUUGCAAGUUCUUCCCAGACUCGACCACUGAUCCAGUCCCAGGUGGAGAAUCUGCUGAGCAAAACUUACCAGAAGUGGAAAAACAGGACAUCUGCAAACUCUGAUGAAGAUGGGCCUUCUGUUGAUGAGAUCCCUUGGGAUAAUAUCUUGGCAGUCUGUAUUGAUCAUAAACUGAGAGACUGGAAACCACCCAAGCUGCCUCUUGCUCAAGAAGCAGUCAGUGAAGAUGGUCAGAUCCGUGUGUACUUCUUCAGGGAGCACCUAAAGAGCUUCACUCCCCCUUUCUCCUGGGAACAAGCCAGGCUGCGCACACAGGAGGGGAUCCUGCUGGGCCAGGAGAGGUCAAGGGUAAAAUCUCCAGACUCUUCUAAGAACCCCUGGAGUGUGUCCCUGCUGCCAGGGCAGUACAGCUGUGGCACGAGCAUGCUGCCAGCUGCAGAGAGGAGCAUUCCCAGUGCAGAUGGACUCACAGACACAGCCUCAGCCCAGGAGCUCCUCCCAGAACGACUGUUGGCACAGCUGAAACUGGAGAAAACAGAAAGCAGGAGGUUUGAAGAACAGCUGCACCAAUGGCUAGCUGAGGACAUGAAGCCCCUUGGUGAUUUUGUAGGUCUUCCUCUCUACCUCCCCCAGUCUCUGCUUCCCACCACAACUGUCACCUCUCCAUUGGUGAAGAGUCCCACAUCAGCUGCUCAAGAGGCUGAGAGUCAGGAAGGAUGCAGGAUCCUGGCCAAGGAGCUCAGCCCCGCGCUGUCAGACAGACUGAAGUACUUGCAGCAGCUCCUCAGAGCCAACAGGGAGGGUGAAACUGCUUCUGAGCUCCACCUGUCUGCUCUGGUGGACAUGGUGGACAUUUGA